GUUGCUGCUGAACAAAUCAAGAAACAAUUUCGGGCAAUUCUUGGCUCCCGCCCCCGCCGAUGGAACGGAGCCGAGAUCCGCAAGCGGUGCCCCACCCCAAGUCUCCGUUCCAGAGAGUUCGGAAGUCAUCAAUUGCCUUCUGCACCUGUUAUAUGUAGGCGCCGUUUCUCUUUGCAGAUGGGAGAAUAUUCAUGUUAAGGGAUUUAGGGGGGAUCUAUAAGCGAUCCACACCUGUCCCUGGAACUUCUCCAUCAUCGGAAGCCUUCGCAUACCUGCUACUUCGGGCAGAUGAAGAUCCCCUCCAUGUCUACUCACUAGCAGCCCAUUACUCGUUUGAAGAGCUUGCCGUCCCAGCGUCAACCAAGGCACUUCGCAUCCGCCUCUCAGACGUCGGCGAACACUCAGCAAUCAUCAUGGGCGCAUCAUACCUGCUUCGUUUGGCGCAUUUACACUCCGACCGAUUAAGCGCAUUGAAAUCCUUGCUGCUUAGUCCUCCUGCAUUGCAUGAGGAUACGGACACGUGCAAACUCAGAGAUCGGCUGAGUGUACAGAGGGCAUUUAGUCUUACUGCUGGGUAUCUUGCAUGGGAAGCCACGGCAAGUGUUGGAACGGAUUGGAUCAGAAGCUUCUUCGAGAAAGUCAUUGAGGAUAUCGAAUGUCCUCUGUGUUGGGAAAAUGUUCGACAGAGGAUGGAAGUGGUGCUGGAGAAAUGGGAGGGGACCAAGGCAACGAUAUGAAGGAGUCUAGUGCGUGUUGCAGCACUUUCAAGUUUUCUUGGGUGUUUUCGGAGAGCGCAAAGAACAUAAGGCUUUGGGGAUCCCAUAACAAUCAACGGAAGUGACGCAUAUCGCAUAUGAUGACACCAGCAGUCUGUCCCGCCAGCUGGUGCAUAACCUGUUCCAGUGUACAGAUCAGUGGCGUCGACCGAUAAGAAAUAUUAUUGUUAUUAAUUCGGUAGUGCGAUGCACCUGCCACCGACGCAAUCUGUGAGAUUUAAUCAAACAGUAUCG